ACUCCUGGCGUGCGGACGUGAAAGUGCCGUGAUUUCUACGUUGAUUUCUGUCGCGUCUUUCGCUUCUUGUGUUUUGUGUAUUUUCGCCAUUUGCCCACUUAUUCUUUGCGCCUAUACUGCCCGCUACUUUAGUUUCCUUUCGGAAAAACAAAAAGAAAAUCGUGGCGAGCAAACAAGUCAACUAAAAUAUCCCAUUCAUCUUGUUCUGCCAACUUAUUUCUAAUUGUGAAGCAACCUUGAAUUUCCAACUCGCGCUGGAAAUUGCUAAACAAAAACAGCGCGCAAAAUCUAUUGUUUACUGCAAUGUGACUUUGCAAUGUGACUUUCCAAGUGUGAUCGCAGCUUUUUUGACGUUUUGUUUGGCCAAGAGGACACUUUCAAAUAUCGGUUACUAACGGUAUUCAAUAAACGCGCUUAAUAAGUGCAAUAGAGGAUUACGGAUUUGGGAUUACACUGAUCAGGAAAAGAAAAUCUUCUGAAAUGGGCACCAUCGAGAAACGCUCAUUCUCCUUCCGGCUGCGUCGAUCCUUCGGCGACGGUGGGAGCACCAACAGCCGCAACAGCAACAACAACAGCAGCACCUGUACCAACCACAACAACCAGAAACGAUGCAGCACUCCGCUGACGCCGACAAGCACCAGCACGGGGCGACUGGAGGUGCCUGGAGCGGCCAGCGUAAGCCGCCGGAGCAGCAUCUACAAGAAGCCGGACAAGAACGACGGGGGGCAGAUCCAUCUCAUUCCGGACGUGGAGCUGCCGCUUAUGACCUUCGCCGACCAGUACAACAUCGAGAAGACGCUGGCCGAGGGCUGCUUCGCCAAGAUACUGCUGUGCCGGCACAGACCCACCAAUACGCUGGUGGUGCUGAAGGCGGUGCACGCUGAGCUGACCACGAUCAAAGAGUUCCAGAAGGAGUUCCACUAUAACUACGAGCUGUCGCAUCACCAUCACAUACUGAGCGCUUAUGCGGUGGCCUUCCAGACAAUGGACUACUACGUGUUCGCCAUGGAGCACGCCCCCUACGGCGAUCUAGCCUCCAACAUCGGACCCAACGGCCUGCACGAGAACGCCUGCAAACUGAUCUCGGAGCAGCUGAGCUCCGCCCUCGGCUUCAUGCACUCCAAGAGCCUGGUGCAUCGCGACCUGAAGAUCGAGAAUAUCCUGGUCUUCACGCCGGACUUUACGCGCGUGAAGCUGUGCGACUUCGGGGCCACCACGAAGAAGGGUCUGCUGGUGCACAAGGUGAAGCACACGUGGACCAGCUGCGUGCCGCCGGAGCAGCUGGAGCUGAUCAAGAACGAGCGCUUCCAGUGCCUGCCCGUCAGCGAUUCCUGGCAGUUCGGCAUCCUGCUGUACAACAUCCUCACCGGCAAUCCUCCCUGGCAGUCCGCCGAUUGGGUGAAGGACCAGUCCUAUGCUAACUUCAUGAAGUACGAGCAGCGCAAGACCACCAAGGUGCCGGACAAUUUCCGGCGCUUCUCGCCGCGGCUGAUGCGGUGCUUUCGAAAGUAUCUGAGCCACGAUCCCGAGGACCGCUGCAAGAUCACCGAGGUGGCCAAGUACAUGAAGGACCGCUGGGUGGAGUGCCGCAUCUCCACCUCCAAGUCGGCCACCCUCAUCUCGCCCACCAAUCACGACCAGGACUCCUGCAUCUACCUCAAUCAGCGGGAGGGUCGUCUCUCCGGGGAUGAGAACAAGCUGCGCUUCAAGCGGAUGAUGUCCACCUACGGUCUGGACAUACCCAUCGACCAGGCGAUGGUGCGGCGGCGGGUAUGGGACUGGCUCUCCACCUGCGACGCCAACUUUGAUCCGGACGUGGAGAGUCUGCACGCACUUGACCUGUUGCAGUAGAGUAAGAUAAAUCUUCAGCUAGGAAAUCCCCCCGAGAAACCGGAAAACAUAAAUAUCCUUAGAAACAUGAACGGAAAACUGAAACUGAACGGAAACGGUUUGAAUUUGUGGAUCUAUAAGAUCGUUUUUGUAGAGCAGAGAAGUCACUUCUCGACGGUUUUUUCUGUUGUUCUGCGAGUGCAAAAUGCCAGAACUGAAAUUAAGUAUAACUUUAUAUAGAUGAAUUUUGGUAAAACUAAGUAGUAAGAAUUUAUAGUAGUAAGAAUUCUAGUCUUCCGCUCGAUGAUUUUCGUAAUACUCUCUAUGUGUGUGUGUAUGAAUGUAGUUUUUUAAGUGUACUAUAAUGUGUGAUUUACGCGUUACUUACUUUAUGUGUCGGGAUUCAAACUACUGCAAUUAUCUAGAAAUAUACCUUAAAGAUAUGUAAGGAGUGCCCUUUGGCGCAUUCACGACCAAUUAUAAGGCGGCUAAGGUUUGUUUUAUAUCUGUCAUAGACUAUAUGUGUAUUUAUGUAGUUAUCCUUAUAAUGAUCCCACACUGAAACGAUUUUGUACAUACUAUUUAGUUGCAUACGACUGUCAAAUGAUACUUAUAUGUCUCUUUACCAGUUAAUACCCUAUGUAUACCUAUAAAAUGCUAAAAAUAUAUAGUGCCAUAAACUGAGUUUAUUUAAAAAA